AUGGCUCGCAUGCAGUUCCCCGUCGACAUGAUCACCUCGCGCUUCGGCGAUCGCCUGAACAGCAUCCGCUCGACCUCCAUGAGCUCGCGCUUCGCCAACCUGAAGCCCAUCUCCGAGUUCCUCGACCUCAAGCGCCUGUCCAAGCCCGCCGACUUUGGCGAGGUGCAGAGCCGUGUCAACUACAACCUGUCCUACUUCUCCAGCAACUAUGCUGCCGUAUUUGUGAUGCUGAGCAUCUACAGCCUGCUCACCAACCCGGUCCUGCUCUUUGUCAUCAUCUUGGUGACUGUGGGUCUGUAUGGAAUCGGCAAGCUGGAGGGCCGCGAUCUUGACAUUGGUGUCGCCCGCGCAUCAACCUCGCAACUAUACACUGGUCUGCUUAUCAUCGCCGUUCCCCUGGGCCUCUACGCUUCGCCCAUCACCACGGUGCUCUGGCUGAUCGGUGCUACUGGCGUGACUGUUAUCGGUCACGCCGCUCUACUGGAAAAACCUAUCGAGAAUGCUUUUUCCGAGGAGGCGGUCUAG